AUAAAAUCGUAUUCGAUAUGAAAUCACGCCUUCUUAUAUCGAUUAAAGAAGGAAAAUAAAUAAAUAAAAAGUUAAUUAGAUAUUAAGAGUGUUUUGGUUUGCUAUAAAACGCAAGAAGACCAGGACAAAAAGCAACGCCCACAAAGAGUUUGGGGCCAGGAUUAGUCAUCAGUCAACCGACCCACCUAGCAAAGCCUUAAGGGAACCAUUGCAAGAUGGGCAACAAGCAGAUUAAACAACAUUUGGAGACGGCGCAGAAGACGGGAAUCCUGAAGAUAUCCCUGCAGCGGCUACAGGAGUUCCCUCCCCAGCUGAAGGCCUAUCCGAAUGUCUUGAAGACAUUGGAUCUUUCUGAGAAUCGAUUUGAACGAGUGCCCGAUGAGCUGGGCAAGUUGACCCUGCUGAAGCACCUUAAUCUCAGUGGCAAUCGACUGGUGGAACUUAAUGAAGUGGUGGGAGAACUGGCCAAGCUGGAGGUGCUCCUGCUAAUGGACAAUCUACUGACGAAGUUGCCCAAAACCCUGGCCAAUUGCAGUCACCUGAAGACCGUGAACCUGAGCAACAACCAGCUGAAGGAGUUCCCAUCCAUGCUAUGCGGACUAAAGCAGCUGGAUGUUCUUGAUCUCUCGAGGAACAAGAUCACCGAGGUGCCCUCUGAAGUGGGUGGACUUUAUGUAACCGAGCUUAACAUGAAUCAGAACCAAAUAUCCUCGCUAGCGGAGGACGUUGCCGAGUGUCCCAAGCUAAAGACCCUGCGGCUUGAGGAGAACUGCCUGCAGGCGACUGCUUUCACGCCCAGGAUACUCAAGGACUCAAAGAUCUGUAACCUGGCCGUCGACGGCAAUCUGUUCAACUCCAAGCAGUUCACAGACCUUGAUGGCUACGAUGUCUACAUGGAGCGCUAUACGGCGGUCAAGAAGAAGAUGUUCUAGAUCCCAUACGGAGGAUCUCCCAUUCCCACUGUCCUUUUUUUUUGUGUGCAUCCCAGAAUAUUUAUCAGCGUAAACUAAUUUAAUAGCUUAAUUCUAUAUGCCUUCAGUGUAAUCGUUAUGAAUAAAUCGAAAAAAGACAACUACA